AUGACAAUAAAUAAAUUUAUGAAAAAAACUCAAAAAUUCAUAUCUAAAUACCAAUAAGAAUGCAAUAAAGAGCUUAGAACAAAUUUCAAAAAGUAUGAAUAGAAUAUCUUGCUUAAAGACAUAAAAUUUAUUUAAUAAAUUUAAAAUGUAUUUAAAUAUUUUUAACAUAUAAUAAUACAGUUGAAGGCCAUAUAUUCUUAAGGCAAUAAGCAUGAUAAAAGUUUUGAAAAUAUUUUAAAUAUUAAUUUAAAACAAAUAUUAUAUUAUUUUUUUUAUAAAAUAGAAAAUGAAGACAGACAUGAAGAUUUAAUAGAAAGAUUCUUUUUCCAUUCUAAAAAUUCUUAUUCCUAAUAAAAUUCCCUCAAAUUUAAGUAGAUGUGA